ACCCCACCAGCGCUCAGAACCGUCACGGACACAGAUCCAGACGUAAUCUCGGAAGCUCGAGAACAGCUAGCGAGCACACGCUACAAAAAAGACAGAGAAGAGAUAGAUAAACAGAGAGAGAGAGAGAGAGAGAGAGAGAGAGAGAGAGAGAGAGGGAGAGAGAAAAUACAAACGGCGAACGUGAAGUCUUCAUUAGCCGGUAGUCAUCGCAUCUGACAGCAGAGACGGUGUAUCCGGGAGGUAUCGAUAACGCAGGAUUCACUGAAGACUACUUCCUGAGCGGGCUCGAGUACGCCUUGUUUUGUGACGAGUGAUAUACGACGAUACAAAGUGUGAUCCUCGCAUGGCGCCGCACACCAGCUACACGCCGAUCAGCGGCAUGGAGUACGAGGAGCCGGUAUCGCGUACUUAUCAGUACCGCAAGGUGAUGAAACCGAUGUUGGAGCGCAAACGGCGCGCCCGCAUCAAUCGCUGCCUGGACGAGCUGAAGGAUCUGAUGGUGACCGCGCUGCAGGCCGAAGGCGAGAACGUGGCCAAGUUGGAGAAGGCGGAUAUCUUGGAGCUUACGGUGCGUCAUCUUCACACACUGCGCGCCGCCAGGAGGCUCACCCUGACCCCGGAGAACAGCUACGCCGAUCGAUUCCGGGACGGAUUCACCCAGUGCGCUCAGGAGGUGUCGACGUUCCUCUCGACGUCGGUCGCCACGGCGGUGCAUCCCGCCGCUGGAGCCCAGCUGAUGCGACACCUCGGCGGCUGUCUUCGACGUUUGGAGGGUCCGGCUGGCACGUCAGCGUCGACGACCAAGAGCCCGUUGCCGAAUGGCCAGAAAAACGCCUCGCAGAACGUCUAUUCUCCGCCGCAGAGCCCCGUCAGUGUCGCGAGCUCCUCCGUCGAGUCCACGGAUUCCUCCAACGCUGUCUGGAGGCCUUGGCGAUGAAGAAGCGGUCAGCGAGACGGGAAACGUCCUGUGGAUCUCCGGAUAGAAAGUAGGGCGGAUGGAAGAGACGCGGCCGCCGAGUCUCGAUGGGUUCCCACUGCGAUAAAAGAGCCCUCGCCGCAGCACACGCCGUUCACACGCCGUUCACACGCGGAGAAACGACGAAUCAAUGUCUUCCGAAUCUGUUUCGGGCUUUACCUCGUCCCCCCCUCCUUCCCUCCCCCCGAGGACAUUGAGGAUCUUGCGCUCACUUCGCAAUAGAGAUCUUAUCCCGACUUAUUUACUCGAUAUUGUACAUAAGUGAUAAAGCUUUAAGUGACGUCUGUGAUAGGGUUCCAUUUUGUACCUGAACUGACUGUUUUCUUAUAAAGUAUAACUACUAUUAUAUAGACGUUAAUUUGUUAUAUUAAAGAACUUUUCGCGACACACAAUGCCGUUCGCGGCGAAAUAAAUAUACGUUGAGGCAAGCCAGCCGCACGAUAAUCAAUAAAUGUCUCGUUUCAACGAUUAA